AUGGCAGCAGCCGGGUCCAGCACGCCACCGCGGCGCGCGUUUGGAAGCGGUGCCAGCGCCGCCAGCAACUCCACCACCAACGCGGCAAGACGAACCGACUCGGCAGCGUCUGUCGCCAAGCAACGGCCCGAGAGUAUCACUUCCUUUGCCCAAGUCGUCGCCGCUGCUCAGCAGCAGCAAUCGAGUCUCCCAUUACCCAAAUCCAGUUCGAGCGGGACACUGUCUGCCCCCCAGCCCAACCACCCACCGCAUUCCGCACUGGGUAGCAGCCCCGGGUCGGUGAGCUCGGUCGCAUUUGUUGGUGGGCGGGAGCGGUCCACCUCCAACUCGAGCACGGGGGCCAUUGCCGUCGAGCGCGCGAGCCAGUGGCUCUCGGCACUCGCCCCCCGUGGUGAAGGACGAGGACGAGAGUUUCUCACAUCGACACUGAGCGGCGUAGCGACCGUGGCCAGCACGGGCACUUUCCACCGCACAGCACAGCACUCCGCCACCCUCCCGCCUCCCACCUCGUCCUCGUCCUCGUCCUCCACUCCUCGUCCCACCUCCCCCAGCGCCCUCUCCACCACGUCCACAGGGACAGCGACAGGUCCAGCCCCGCGGCGCGGGUCGCACCACCGCGCAAACUCACUCGGCGCCGUCGGGGCCCUCGCCACCUCGCCAGCCCUCUCAGCAGCAGGUACCGGCCGUGUCCGCGCCGCCGGCAUGCCGUACAAGAUCGGGUUCCAGCCCAGCGGUGUGCGGAGCGACCGGACGGCCGAAUUUAUGAUGGAGCGGCGAACACUGAGUAUCGAGAGGGAUAAGGAGGAGGGCCGUCUGGGAAGGCGGUGGGCCAAGCUCGUCGACCUGCACUUCAACCCCAAUUUCCAGACACCCAUCGGCGCGGCAGCGGCAGGCCUCACGCGGUCGCCUAGUUCGAGCAACUCGCUUACGGGGGCGCUGGAUUCGUUCAACCCCAAAGAGGUCUGGAAGGGGCUCAAGAUGGCCACAGGGCCGAAUCCAGAAGAAGCGCGCAAGAGAGCCACCGAGCAAGGGAUCGUCAAGUGGGAAGACGAUGCAGAUGUCAAAAAGUGCCGUAUUUGCCAAGCGUCAUUCUCUCUGUCUACACGCAAGCACCACUGCCGCCUGUGUGGCCGCAUUGUGUGCUCCCUCCCGCCAACACCGCCUGCCCUCCUCGCCGUCCAGAUGCAGCUCUUCGCGCCCGCUGACGCGGGUGCCGCUCACGACCUGCACACCUUGCCCGUGACCGCCGCGCAGGCGGCCCUGCCCCCCGGGACCAGGCGCGAGAAGUGCUCUCUCCUCCUGGUAGCCGACUGGAAGACGGGCCGCGGCGAGGAGGUGGACGAGGGCUUUGUCGGGUGGAUGACGCUCGAGGGCGCCGACGAAAAGGGCGACCCGGCGAUCCGCAAUGCCAAGAAACGUGCCGCAGCCGCGCACGCGCGCCGCGCCUCGCGCGACUCGAACAAGGUGCUGAUCGAGUCGCGCGCGUCCACCCCGCUCCCGCAGCAGCCCCUCGAGGUGCCCGUGCACGGCGUGCGGUGCUGUCGGGAAUGCUGGACGGUCGUGUCGCGCAAACACAAGAUUGCCGAGCGGUCGCGCACCACGCCGUUUACACGCCUGUACGUGGCGCUGCGGGCGAUCCAGAGCGAGAUCGACAGUGUCCUGCCCGAGUUUGAAGAGCAGCUCGCGGCGCACCAGCAAUCGGGUAAAGAGGACGCCGAGCCAGACGACGACCUGCUCGAUGCGCACAAGCACCUCGUGGCCUUGCUGGGACAAUACGACGUUGUGGCAAAACGCAUCGCCAACCUCCCCUGCGCCGAGGGCGGGUCGCAGGGUCAAGUCCAGGCCGCGCUCGCCCGGUCGGCCGCGACGGUCCUCGCGCGGGCCAUGGCGAGCAUACAGGAACUGCCCAAACUCCAGCGCCGCGCGGCGGCCGCUCGCCAGAAGAACAUGGUCGUCAUUGAGAGUUCCAUGAGCGACGUGCUCAAGGCGGGCGGGGUGCGCGAGGACGAGGCCGAGGACGUCGCGCAGGCCCUGCAGCCGCUUCUGGAGCAGCAGGCGCAGUUGGAGUCCUUCAUCGCCGAAGCCAACGCUCAGCGCAAGUACGACGACUCGCGCUCGCUCGCCGCUGCGCUCUCGGAGAUUGAGGCUGAGAUUGCGCGGCUCACGGCGAGUGCACUCAAGUAA